AUUUGCAUGACGAGCAGCAGAAAGAGGAAAAGUAGCAGCGGGAGCGGAAUGAUCGAUAAACUCCCAACUAUUCAACACACGAAGAAGAAGGAGCCGGAAGUCGGGACGUUUUCAGCGCCUGUCCGCGGAUUCCUGUGAGGAAGGACAGCUUCCGGUGCAGCUCGUUGACCUCAGCAGUUAAAGCUGUUUAAUCCAUCGUUAACACGUUGUAACCUGUUUUUCCGAGCCGCUUUUAAACGCAGCGCUGAGUUUACGCCUGCUGCUGCUGCACAGCCUUGCUCAGGGGAACCUCGGCAGGAUGCUGGAGCAGCAGGCCGACCGGGUCAUGGAGCUGUCGGAGUGGAGCCAGCGCUGGGAGGAGAACAAGAUCGGCUUCCAUCAGCCGGGGGUCCACAGCAUGCUGCAGACGAACUACGAGGCGGUGGUGAACGGACGGAGCGCCGUCCGCUGGUUCUUCCCUCUGUGUGGGAAAGCUGUGGACAUGAAGUGGUUGGCGGAUCUGGGCCACUCGGUGGUCGGCGUGGAGAUUUCAGAGACGGCCAUCAGACAGUUCUUCCAGGAGAACAACAUGACGUUCAGCGAGCAGGACGUCCCGGCCGUCCCCGGAGCCAAAGUCUUCCAGAACCCGGAGCGCAGUGUGUCCCUGUACCAGUGCGACCUGUUCAGCUUCUCCAGCGCCGUGGCGGGUCGGUUCGGGGCGAUCUGGGACAGAGGCUCUCUGGUGGCCAUCAACCCCCGGGACAGGAACCGGUACGCGGCUCUGAUCGUCUCUCUGAUGGCUCCGGACUGCAGAUACCUGCUGGACACGCUGCUCUACAAUCCAGAGCUCUAUAGAGGUCCUCCGUUCUUCGUCCCCGAUGAACAAGUCCAGAGUUUGUUUGGCGGCAGGUGUGACGUGGAGAUGCUGCAGUCUGUGGACGCGCUGACAGACCGACAGAGGGCCUGGGGUCUGGACGCGCUGACGGAAAACGUCCACCUCCUCACCCUGAAGGCCGACCCGAUCCGCUGACCUGGUCCGCUGAUCCGGCUGACCCGGUCUGCUGACCCGGUCCGGUUCUCCUGUCAGCCACACAAUAAAGCUGCUUUUUAAACAGA